GUAGGCGUACAUCUUACUUUAAACACAAAUCUGUCCGAAUAUCGAUCAAACGGAAAGUUUGAGUCAUGUGGAGGGAUGAAUUCCUAAGUCCAUUCUCACUGCUGCUCCUGGAUGGAAUAUGGAGCGCUAUCAAGUUCAAAAGAAAAUCGGUCAAGGCUCCUUUGGCCUUGUUCACUUGGCGCGAUCUAAGACUCCUCCCGCUGAUUACGUAGUGAUCAAAGAGAUCAAGCUGAGCAAAUUGAGUCGCCGUGAACGGCAUGAUGUGCAAGUGGAGGUCCAAAUCCUGGCCAACCUGCAUCAUCCCAAUGUGGUGGGCUAUGUGGAAUCCUUUGAACUGGAUUCAAUUGGGUCUUACUUUAUCGUCAUGAAGUACUGUCAAGGCGGGGAUCUGUAUUCCAAAAUCAACCGACAAAGAGGUCGCCAUUUUCCUGAAGGCUUGAUUCUGAAAUACUUCGCUCAAGUUUGUCAGGCCUUGGAUUACAUUCAUGGGCAAAAUAUCCUGCAUCGGGAUAUCAAGUCUCAGAAUAUUUUCCUCACCAGAGAAGAUGAGGUUAAAUUGGGCGAUUUUGGUAUCUCGCGCAUCCUGGAUGGAACCCACGAUUACGCGCGAACUUGCAUUGGAACACCUUACUAUCUAAGUCCUGAAGUGUGGGAGAACCGACCCUACAACAAGAAGAGUGACAUUUGGGCCCUAGGGUGCGUCCUCUAUGAGAUGACCACCCUAAAACAUGCCUUUGAAGCGGGAUGCAUGAAGAACCUGAUCUUAAAAAUCAUCCGAGGAUCGUACCCGGCCAUCCCCAAUCGAUACUCCUACGAUAUCCGGGCAUUGAUUGCGAGUAUGUUGAAAAAGAACCCCAAGGAACGACCUACUCUGGCUUCCAUUCUAAAACGAGGAUUCCUUCAAAGAUGCAAUCAAGGCCUACCAGCGCGAUCAAAUGGGAGGAAAUUGUCGCCGAGAACUAAAGCUAGACCCAAAUCAGCUCAAACCGAGGACAGACCGAGCUUCAAUUCAAAGUCUCCAUUGAAGGAAUUAGGAGGUUCCAGGAAGCCGAAAUCGCCAAACAAACGUAUUGCUAGGAUCGUUUUCAAGGAGGAUUUUCCGUUCCUGAACUUUCUUCGCGACGAACGAAAGCACGGGAACGUUAAAGGCAAGAAAACCAAGAAACACAAUAUUGAAAGCAAAACGCGUGUUCUUCAAAUUAGUACAAGUUUGGGUCAAAGAAAGACCAAAUCCCAGGAGUUGUCCAACAGAGCUCGAUUGCGGCACCAGCAACAGAAGCAAGGCAAAGCUUCCUUCGGAAAAGGAGAUCCAUUAAAAUUGACCCCUAUGCUGAAGAGUCCUGCGGGGGUGGCUAUGUGGGUGGAAUUUGGAUCCAGCAAGACGCCUCAACACAAAAAACGCUGGAAUCAUAAACCGAUUCCAGAGCCAGAUCUCCAUUCGGAAACUUUUACGGUAGAACCAAGUCAUUUGGCCACCAUCACUGAGGAACACGACAAUCGGUCUAAAUCAGGCGCAUUCAUGCGCACAAUCAAAAAAUUAAUGUGCACGCACGAGAGCAAUAUUGCGGUCAUCGAAAGUUGCACGAACCUCUUGGAGUCCGAAUCGAAUCUAUCGGAUCAGAAAUCUCAAUCGCAAUCCUUACCAAAUCUCGUUACUCCGGAUCUCCUCCAAUCUUUGGACUUGGACCAAACAGAAUCGGUCAAGGAGGGCGACGCAGUUUCAAGUGGAUUGGGCGACGGGAUCCACGGUUACCUGGAGGAACAGCGGGUAUUACUGGAACAAAAAGUGGGUGUUGGCCCGUUGUUGAAAGUCUAUAGGCUCAUUGAGGAUCUGGAGGAAUCCGAGAACGAACAAAUCGACUAUACAGACUUGAAGCAGAUCCUCGGACCAGGUCACGAAUGUUACAUUGACGAUAUCAUCCAACUUGUGGUGGCUGACAGUUUUUUUCAAUGACUAUUAAAUAAGAACAGGGAUG